UACGUAUGGAGAUCGUGAUGUCAUACCUGGCUAACCCGUUCACGGAUGACUACUCAUGAAAUAGCGUUUUACAAUACACAUCUACCAGGAAGUACAAUAUAGGGAGGCUGUAAGUGGAACACGGACUAUGAAACAUGGCAUCUCGAGUCAUUAUAAUGUGUUUGUUUCAGUUUAGUAUGAUCAAUGGCGUGGCAGCAUGUGGGGGAAAUUCAGCUUUGAAAGGUGAGGUGAGUUGUAGAGAUGUGUAAAGGAGGCUCAACCACGGACCGUCACUUCUACCUACACGGGUCUCCAGCAGGCGGUGUACAGCGGUGUGACUGUUACCUGACUAUCACGGGUGUUGCAACGAUAGUGUAUUUUACUCCGGUCAGCGUGACUAACACUACAGCAACCUGUGGAGGUACACUGACACUGACCGAUCGCUCAAGGAGAGACUGUGGAUGGACGUUCAGCACAAACAAUGUUAUGUAUCCAGGUACCGGUGUGGUCUCCUUUGCCUACAACGCUCCAGAUAUCAGGUUUUGUGUGGAGGUUGAGGUAACCGCAGCAGCGGCCAACAUAUCUAUAGAAUGCCCUCUUUCUACAACGACAACGACGACACUAACUCCAUCAACUACAACGCCACCGCAAACGGCAACCGUUAAUGUCAUUUCCUCAUCAAUAUCGACUACUACAGCAUCACUCGCAACAUCACCACUUCAUCUCUUCACUUCAUCUUCCACAUCGACACCUAGUUCAACUAAACCUUUGUCUACUUCGACAUAUACUACUGUGUUGGCGUCUACCACGGGGUCGAAAACAGUAUUAUCGUCAGAAAACCGAUCAUCCUCACCCGUCACAAACACUCAAUCUGGUACUGAUGACAGUACACCUGAAGGCACAACAGUGGAACACACGUCUUUCCCCGGUUUGUUAAUCGCCGGAUGGGUGAUAGCGGGGAUCCUUGUUGCUGUCAAUGCCGUGGUGGUUGUUUUGCUGAUAAGGUAAAUGAUUAUCAAGAAUAAUUAAGUUUGAUCUCA